AUGUCGAAGGCCUCAAAUUUGCACGAAGACGUGGGCAGGGUCGUCAAGUAUUCAUUCAUUGAGAAUCGCUUGCAAGACUGGUUGGCAGAUCGCCGCGACGAAGUGAUAGCGGAGGACGAGGGAAUGAGGGGGGGCACCGGUGGAAAUCCAGUCUAUUUUCAUUGCGGACGCACAUGGCUGCGCAAGUUCAAGGCGCGUUUCGGCGUCAUUGACGGCAUCUUUACGCGCCUUGGCUGGACUGCAACCGAUUUGGCGAGAGAGAGGGCGUAUGGUUACUUUCCGCUGGAUAACUACUUUUGGUCUCAUCUGCCGGACGAGCAUGGAAAUAUUCCGGGGCCCCCGCCUAUCGCCAGAAACAAGUAUGACGACGAUAUGGACCACGAGAUCCGCGGCCACAUCGUUAUCUACGCGCCGCGUACACCAUCCGCAUCGACGUCGCAGCCAGAGGUGGUUCCGCCCAACUCAACCUCGUCUCCGAACGAUCAUGCGAAUCCAUCCGGAAUGCCUGGGCCCAGCGUCAUCCCACUUCCCUCAGACCAAUAUUUCCAGCAGGAAAUCGGGGCGUCAGGCAACGGUGCUUGGCACCCCCCGAUAAACUCGGGUAUUGGCCAAUCAUACCAGGAGCCGUACUCCCAGAGCUCCUUUCAAGAGUCCUUCAUGCGCGGAACACCGCUCUAG